CCCCUCCCCUGCUCCUUCUCCAUCCCCGGCCCCAAGAUGGCGGCGGCGGCUCCUCCGCCUCCAUCGCCGCCUCCCCCUCCCGCCGCCGGCCCGGGCUGCCCGGGUUCCUGGCCUAACUUCGCCGUCGUUUGUUCUUUCCUCGAACGAUACGGGGCUCUGCUGGACCUCCCCGAGCUGCCUUUCCCCGAGCUGGAACGUGUCCUGCAGGAGCCCGGCGAGCAGGUUCCAAAAGAAUUGGUGGAGCUUCACUUGAAACUGAUGAGAAAGAUUGGGAAGUCUGUCACAGCAGACAGAUGGGAAAAAUAUUUGAUCAAGAUAUGCCAAGAAUUCAACAGCACGUGGGCUUGGGAGAUGGAAAAAAAAGGAUACCUAGAAAUGAGUGUGGAAUGCAAACUGGGGAUUCUGAAGUAUCUCUGUGAAUGUCAGUUUGAUGACAAUCUAAAGUUUAAAAAUAUAAUUAACGAGGAGGAUGCUGAUGCCAUGCGUCUUCAGCCCAUUGGUCGAGACAAGGAUGGACUGAUGUAUUGGUAUCAGCUAGAUCAAGAGCAUAAUGUCAGGAUGUACAUAGAAGAACAGGAUGACCAGGAUGGAUCCACAUGGAAGUGCAUUGUUAGAAACCGAAAUGAGCUUGCAGAGACCCUUGAGCUCUUGAAAGCACAAAUUGAUCCUGCCCUGUUGAAAAACAACAAUUCUCAGCAGGAGAAUUCAUCACGUGAAAGCCCAAGCAUAGAAGAUGAAGACACCAAAAAGGGUGAAGAAGCAGCUACACAAGAAAAUCAGUUAAAAAUCAAAGAAGAAAAAGAGGAGGUGGAGGAACAGCCCAAGGAACUGGAAAGUCUUCCUCUUCCUGCGGUCAAAGAAGAUGAAAACACAAUGAAAAUUGAGAAGGUGGAAGAAAAAGAAAUUAUAAAAUUGCCAGUAAUAGUAAAAUUAGAGAAACCUUCAGAAUACAAUGAAGAAAAGCAAACUGUCAAAGAGGAAAGCGACUCCUUUAAAGAAAAUGUCAAGCCUGUUAAAGUAGAAGUGAAGGAAAACAAAAUAGAACCAAAAGACUUAAAAGAUGUAAAAAGUUGUACUGACAAAAUAGCAGUUCACGAGCCGGAGAGGUUAGAAUUUUGUGUUAAUGUCAAAACUCCCCAGGAAAUUGUGGAGAAGUCUGUGGAAGAAAGCGAGAAACUUAAAAAUGACCAGCAGGCAAAAAUACCACUUAAAAAGCGAGAGAUCAAGCUGACGGAUGACUAUGACAGUCCGAUAAAGGGCUCCCUAUGUAAAUGCGUUACUCCAACAAAGGAUGUCUUGAAGGAAGAAGGAAAACCAGAAGAGGAAACUUUUAAGAGAGUCCCUACAAUUACUGCUUUGUGUCCUGAUGGGAAAAUACUAGUGAACGGAGAGGUUAGCAGUGAAAAAAUAACCCCAAGUGUCAUACAAAACAACAAGUCAGAGCACUCUGUUAUUACAAAGGAAGACAGCAACUCGUUAAAAGAGAAAAAUGGUAAUAAGAGUGGUGAAAAGAUCUCGGACUCCCUAAAUUCUGUUAGUAGAAUUAUAAAAGCAUGUGAAGUUGAGAAAAACGCAGUAACUGUGGUGAAAGAGGUAGGGGCUGUGGUCUCUGAGCUUUCUAAUCAGAAAGUGCCUUUCAAGGAGGAAUCUAGUCCUGUGGAAAAAGAGUCCCUCGACAAUGCAGCUGCUGAAACAGUAGUGGAAGAAUCUUCCAACUCUGAAGACUGUGCCAAAAAUACUGAAGAGAAGCUAGCCGUGAUAAUCAAAAAGGACAGACUACCGCCACCCAAAGAGUGUUUAGAGAAGCUAGAAAAGGCCACAAACGCAUCUGCUCCUGCAGAACUGCCCAAGCCUGCACUGCCUGAUGAGGAGGCUUUGAAAAGCAGAAGCGAGCUUGAGGAGAAACCUGAUUCUCUGAAAGCUGCUGAGACGCCUCCUUCAUCUACUUCGCCUGUUACUUUGGAGAAGUCUGGUUUAGAAACAGAGGGCUCCGAUACUAAGCCUGCUCCCCCUGAGGAGAGCAAAGCAGAAGAAAAAGCCAGCCCUGAAAAACAAGAGGAAGAGCCUGAAGCUGCCAAGGCAGAGCCUGACGGAUUAGAUGAUGCCCACGCUUCUAAUCUAGAGGACUCCUCGGAGAGUAAAAAGGAAUCUCCUGUGCCUAAAAGCAAAUUUAAAUAUAAACUAGUUUCUGAAGAGGAAAGCUGUACGACAGAUAAUAAGGAAAUAACUUCUGAAAGACAGAAGGAAGGAAUUAAAUUAACAAUUAGGAUCUCAAGUAGGAAGAGAAAGGCAGAAACGCCACCAGAAGAGGUCAGCAUUGGCCGCACGUUACGGCGAUCUCCGAGAAUAUCCAAGCCUACCCCUAAAGUUGUGGAGACUCGGGAUCAGAAAUCUGAGAAAAAACGACCUGAAGAGGAUGAGGAGAAACCUGCAGCAGCACAAAAGCAGGAACGAAAAGAAGAUGCAAAAAAACAAGAGAAGGAGUCAAAUUCUAAAGUUAACAAGAGAAGCAAAGUUCGGUGGACGGGUACACGGACACGUGGCAGGUGGAAAUACUCAAGUAAUGAAGACAGUGAGGACUCAGAGAGUGAAAAAAACUCUGAUGAGGAGGAGGAAGAGGAAGAAGAAGAGGAAGAAGAAGCUGCACCUGCUGAUGAUGAUGAGCCGUGCAAGAAGUGUGGCCUUCCCAAUCACCCUGAGCUGAUUUUGUUAUGUGACUCCUGUGACAGCGGAUACCAUACAGCCUGCCUUCGCCCUCCUUUGAUGAUAAUUCCUGACGGAGAAUGGUUCUGCCCACCUUGCCAGCACAAAUUACUCUGUGAGAAAUUAGAAGAACAAUUGCAAGAUCUGGAUGUUGUCUUAAAAAAGAAGGAGCGUGCAGAACGCAGGAAAGAGCGGUUGGUGUACGUGGGCAUCAGUAUUGAGAACAUCAUUCCACCGCAGGAGCCAGAAAUACCUGAAGGUCAGGAAGAAAAAAAGAAAGAUUCCAAAAAGCCCAAAUCAAAGCUACUUGAAAGGAGGUCUACCAGAACCCGGAAAUGCAUAAGCUACAGGUUUGAUGAAUUUGAUGAGGCAAUUGAUGAGGCAAUUGAAGAUGAUAUCAAGGAAGCUGAUGGAGGAGGCAUCGGCAGAGGCAAAGACAUGUCUAACAUCACGGGUCACCGUGGGAAAGACAUUUCCACAAUCCUAGAGGAAGAAAGGAAAGAAAACAAGCGACCACAAAGGGCUGCUGCAGCACGGCGCAAGAAACGACGGCGACUAAACGACCUGGAUAGUGACAGUAACCUGGAUGAAGAGGAGAGUGAGGAUGAAUUUAAGAUCAGCGAUGGAUCUCAGGACGAGUUUGUUAUAUCUGAGGAAAAUCUGGAUGAAAGUGAAGACGACCCGCCAUCAAACGAGGACAGCGAUUCCGAGUUCUGCGCCCGCAUAUCCCGGCGACACCUCUCCAGGCCCAUGAGGCAAAGCCGGCGGUUACGAAGGAAAACAGUCAAGAAAAAAUACUCUGAAGAUGAUGAAGAGGAAGAUUCUGAAGACAAUUCAAGCAGAGAAUCUGAGAGCGGCGAUUACACAGAUUACAGCGACGACGAUUACCUGGAAACCAGGAGGAGAAGAUCCAGACGGAAUCAGAAGAGACAAGUUAACUACAAGGAAGAUUCAGAAAGCGAUGGCUCCCAGAAAAGUGUCCGAUAUGGAAAGGAGUUGAGAAGAGUUCAUAAACGCAGGCUCUCCACUUCGGACAGCGAAGAGAGCUACACAUCCAAGAACUCGGAAGAUGACGAUUCCACAAAGGAGUCAAAGCGCUUGAUUCGAAAACGUCGGCGAAGCACAGACGACUACUCCGAGGAGGAAGGAGAGGAUGAGGAAGACGAAGAGAGGCCUGUCCGCAAACGGCUAAACCGGAUCGAAACGGACGACGAAGACAACUGCGAGAAUGCGAACGACGACGCAGAGAACCCCGCUCCUGCAAACAAGCUGCCGGCACCCCAGGCUCCUCAAGACAACGCCAAGAAGCACUGCUACCGGAUAGAAAGCGACGAAGAAGAUGACUUUGAUAACGUAGGGAAAGUAGAGAGCCCUUUGGACUACAGCCUGGUGGACUUGCCUUCCACCAACGGACAGAGCCCAGGGAAAACCAUUGAGAACUUGAUUGGCAAACCCAGUGAGAAGACCCAGGCCCCCAAGGACAGCACAGCCAGCGCCAGCCUGGCGCCCAACGGGACGGGGAGCGGGCAGGAAGCGGUAGGGCCAGAGGAAGACGAAGAUGAACUUUUGAGAGUGACUGACCUUGUUGAUUACGUCUGUAACAGUGAACAGUUAUAAGACUUCCAUUUUUGUGCUAAUUUAUUCCACGGUAGCUCAUACCAGCGGGCCAGUUAUUAAAGCUGUUUUAUUUUUCCUAGAAAAUUCUCCACUACAGUAUCACUUUUUAGAAGCAAGAAUUUCACCAGUCCUGCAGUCUUUCUGUGAAGUGACCAGUUUUGAACUUUGAAGAAGAAUUGCUGUAAAUUCCCUCUUCCCCCCCUUCUCCUUCCAAGUCCAUGGUCCUGGGUAAUUUCACUCACAAAAACCUUAUAACAACAAGAGAUUUGUAUAUUUUUGACUUUAUAUUUCCUGAGUGCGUACAAAUUUGUGGAAAUGGGUGGCCUAAGAAAGCAUUCCAAAUCGGUCAGGGCCCAAACCGGAACUGGGGUGGGUUUGGCUCACGGGGUGGGGGGAUGCAGAAGCACUUGUGCUUUAGCUUUUUCAUAUGAGAUAUAUAUUAUAUUUAAAUGUUCACAACUUAGAUUACAACUUAACAGACAGUCUCAAAAUUAAUGUCUGUACUGUCGCAUUUUGUGAGUUGUAGGUUAACAUACCAUAGCUCAUUUUAGUAAUCACCUUCAUGGAAGCAGUUUGAUUUUAAUACUGGAGGCAAACAGAAUUACUAGAGGCCAAGAAGGUACCAUAAACAAGAACUCUGCUAUCCAUUAUGACUUGCAGACUUUCCUAAUAAACAUCCUUUAAAGUGUUUGUACAGUAAAGUGUACUGUAAUGAAGUUUUUGACAGUCGAAACACGCUAGCGAUGACUUUAUGAGGCGAUCUCACGCAUAGCCCGUCAGACGAUCUUCGAUGCACGGUGUCUAGAGGGAGGACGCGUUGAUACGAAGUUAGUCUGUAAGUUGGAAGGCAUCUUGACGUGCUGCAAAUGUUGACAGAGAAAAGAACCCUGCAGUAGCUGCCUGGCCACUUGAGUUUCACCUUCUGUCGGAGUAUUCUGAACGAAAUGUGUUUGUACAAACUGCGUUGACCACAGAAUUACAGCGCAUCAAAGGAUUGAGGGAUUUUCAAAUAAACCGUGACUGGUCCAUUCAUGUCCUUAAUAUCUACUUCAAAUUGAAGUAAACAAAUGGAACAGUUUUCCUUUUGGAGGUUUUCUGUUUGGGGUUUGUGUGUGUUUUUGUUUUGAUUUUACUUAUCUGCCUGGAUGUAUUAGCAGGUUUUGAAUGUAGUGUUGGCCUUUGGCCGUUAGAAUUUUCUUAAAAUACAUUUUAAUAAUUGCCAUGUGACCAACCGAUUUCAAGAAGGCAGUGUUCCUGAGAGAAAACGCUUGACUCCAAGACAUCUCAUCACCUUUUGAGUGGGCGUGAAGUGAUAUGUGCUUUUAUUCACCAAAAAAAAAAAAAAAAAGAAAAAAAAUGGAAACUACAAAAGAAAAAAAAAAAAAACCACCAUGGGGCACAUAAGAAAGAGCAGAGCUGAAAUUUGUUUUGGGUAGCAUUGAGUUUUCUCUUCGUUCUGAUUUAAGAUGCAGGCUGUAGCAUUUGUACAUGUUGUAGCACACAGACAGCUCAGACAGAUCUGCCAAGCGUUGAAAUCCAAAAGGGUCACAUCUAUUAAUCCUUUCGCUCUGAGAUUUGGAUUUUUGACUGGUGUUUAUGUCCGUUGCCGGCAAUGGAUGCACCAAAACUGCUGCUGCCACUGAGGAGUGAGUUCUCCUUUCCUGCCCCACCUGAUUCCCUUCCACUGUAUUGUAUUUACUAGUCAGUCAUUGAGCACUUCUGUUUUCUUGUGUUGAAACCGGCAUUAGGCCUUUACUAAAUACCUCUCUAGAAAACCUAGGUCCCGAACAGCUGCCUUCUGGUCCUGGGAGUCUUCUUUCUCUUACCCACCUCCCUCUCCACGAGUUCGGUCAGAGAAAUCGCUCUCUAAAUGAAUUCAAUGCCAUUAAGAUGAAAUACUUUCCCACCUUAUCAACUCUUAACAGUUUUUACAAGCAGACAUUAAGACGGGGUGGUGAAAAGCCACAGGAGGUCAGAACGUUCUUAAAAGCGUUUGUAGCAUUUGGGCUCCCAGAGCGUUCGUCUUUGCCUAGGCGAUGCCUAAAUGUAGCGCUUCUGCGUUUCUAACAUACCCAUGUUUUAAAACAAGCAAGAACAGAUGGCUUCCACUUUUUAGUGUUAAUAAUUGCUAAGCGGUUUUAAUAUUUGCAGUGCAAACUGUCUGAUUCCCGUGCAGCAACCAGCGAUUUCUCAUUUCUUUUGGCAGUGCCGUAAUCUGUUCUGCUGCCAGACGGAGCCUUUUAGUGUCCGAUCGGUGCUGUAGCGAACAUUCUUGCUUGUAGAGGCAGCCCAGAUGUUAAAUAAUUAGUGAGCAAGUAAUUGUGCCUGUGGGAAAACACCGAGGAGUUAAACCACCGAAUUUACCAACCGGGAAAAAAUGGAGCGCUGCGUUAGGGAGCGGUGUAAAAGCAGGAGAGCCCAGGAAGCAGAAGUGGAGCAUUGAAGCUUACAUUGGGAGCGCCGAGUUUUAUAAAUGGGGGAAGACAACUUGUCACGAGGUUUUACUGUCUGUAGGUCGCUAAGAAAACCAACUCUUCGGUCUUCUCAGAAGCCACCUUUGAUUCCUGAGAGAGCUUCGUCCCCCAGGAUCCAGAGUUCUCCCUUCGGCUAGGUUGUGCCAGUAAAAUCUGCCAAAAAGUCCUAGAAAGGCUAACGUUUUAAAACUUACCUUUUCUCUCCUUUCUGAGGCUUCCUGCUUGGUGGGAAAUGUGCGGUCUGUUUGGGAAGCUGUUUUCAGGCCUGAGGCCAGCUGGCUGCCACGCGGGGUUCGUGCCGUUGCGUUACGUGUGUGGGGUCGUCCUCCGGGUGUUUCGGUGUCUCUUCUGUCCUCGUCCUGCGAUCAGAAGUUAAAUAUCUGAAGUUUGAGCUUCAAGUAGCACCGGAGAGGAGAAGGAACUGUAAAUGCGUGGGGAGCGGGCGGCGUCGUGUGCCACAAAGCGCGAUGGCGAGUUGUCAUCCCGUACACAGCUCAUGGGGUGUGAGACAGAAAGCGCGUGGUGCAGCCCUGCAAUAAGGAAUGCGGGGCGGUAACUGCGCCAGAAGGGUGGCAGAAUUAAGGGCUCAAAACUUCACCGCUGUUGCUGUCUUUAGUUAUCGAAUCUCCUAAACCCGAGCACCUUCUUAAUUUAAAAAUGGAAAGCAACAUCACCAAGCUACCAAAAGCCCUUUGGUGAUGCAAUCCUGUAGGAAGAUCGGCGCUGAACAACCAGCUCUGAGCUCCUCCGUAGUUUGCCUUCGUCGAUAUUAAUUCUGUUGUAAAAUGACAGCAUCUCCCUCAUGUUUUUAAUGAAAGGAUCGCUCUGUUCUACCAGCACCUGAGAGAAACAGAUGUUUUUUUUUCUAAAUUGGUCACCUUCAAGAUUUCUUUGGAUUAAAAUGUUUCAGUUACUCUUCGUACAGCGGGACCUAAAGGCUUGGGGGGGCCUGUCUGUUCACUCCUGAUUUCUAAUCGCUGUCUGAACGCUUUGUGAGAGGUCUUCCUCAAAGAACCUCAAGGCAAAAAUGUAUGUUCCCAAAAGAAAACUGUAUGGUGGUGGUGCACUUGUUCCGAUUUAUCUGAAUAUCCAUCAUUUGAACGCUAUUGCUAUCCGGAUGCUGCAAUCAUUUAAUGAUUUUAAUAGUUCUCAGUCAGGGUGUCCCUUACUUACCUCUCUUUUCAGGCACUUACAGCUUGGUGUUCGAUGCUCUUCAGUAGGAAGGCCUGGUCUCAGCUUCCAAGUAAUUGUUUCAAGUUACGUAUUUUCACAAACUUCUUUUCUGAAAAGUAAACGAGGACUUUUCUUUUUCUUUUCUUUUUUUUUUUUUUUGUGGCAUUUUUAAUCCACUUUGUACACAGUCAUUUAAAUGAUUGACGGCAGUAACGCUAGCCCCCAGACUCGAUCCGAGCAAGAGUUUUGUGUCAUCUAGGUCAAAACAGCGCGAGGUGGGCCCUGAGGGUUGGUGUGGUCGAUGUGCAGUGACUACUGCUCAGAGGCUCGUGUUGUGGAUGUAAUGUGCAGUGCGCACCCGUGGUACCUAUUUGCAUUUGAAGUGUGCUUCCAAUUCACUGGGUAUGUAAAAUCCUCUAACGCAGAAAUACAGAGAGAAAAUAGCAAAUACCUGAGUACAGUAACUUUCUGGAAAACAAAACGUGUUGAGUAUGGUGAGGGAAACUCCAGCAAUUCGUGUGAGAAGAGCACAGUUCUGCAAUUCUGAGAGCAUUUAAAACCUCUGUAGGAGCAUUUAGGACUGUGGUCUGAAAUCAGGAUGUGCAGGAUCAAGCCCACGUCUCCCGGUUGUCUUAUUUUUCUUCCUCCCCUUCUGUAACAGGUGGGGCAGGGACUAGAUCACUUCGUAUGCUGUAAGACAGGAAAUAAAAAACACAUCAGAAACAAUACUUAUUUUUUUUUUUUCCAGCAUAUACCGAUGUAAGAAAAAAUUCUAAAUGACUAAUUUUUGAUGCUUUUUAGAGUUGGGUACCCAAUCUGAGCCCUCAUGGAAAGCUCUGGCUUCAGAAAUGUUUCUGAGUUGAAAACGAUCUCUGAAGCUGGACACCCGGCAACUGGGGUGUUGAAGGUUACUUGUCAUUUCUGAAACCGUGCAUCACUUAUCGAGCUCUUAUUUUAGAGUAGGUGUAACUAAAUGAGAUAGUUCCAAACGGCAAAAACGUGUGCUUGGGAAUUGAUUGUCCCAGCGCUUCAGAGUAAUUUAACUUAUUUUGUAUAUUGCAAGAGAUGUAUAUUGCUUAGUAUGACAC